AUGUUUCUCCAAAACAAUACAAGCAAUGGAAGCGGACUAGACCAACCUCCUACCUUAGAGGAGAUCUUCCCAAACCUGCGAUCCUUCCGUCAUCGCCUUAUCAUCGGACUUGCGAUCAGUGACUUUCUCAUGGCUUUCAACUUCAUCUGCUCGACAACGAUGAAUCUUGGCGGCAGACUUAUCGAUGAUCCAGAACAAACCGACUUUUGUAAGCUCAACGGCUUCAUGGCUCAGGUAUUCGUCAUUCAAACCGACUAUUGGGUCCUCAACAUCGCCAUUUGCACGUUCUUCAUCCUGACUGGCCAAAGAAAGCGAGCCAGCUGGGUGCAGAACCACGAAGUCGUCAUUUGGGGACUUCCGUGGUUCUUCUCGGUCUUAUGGGCUUCUGUGGGCCUCAGUUUGAAUGGCUACCACAGCAUCGGGGCUUGGUGCUGGUUCAAGUCAGACAAGACGAGGCUGCUCGCCAACUUCGUUCCUCGAUGGAUAAUCAUAACCAUCAUGUUUGUGCUAUACGCAUACCUCGCCCUUGUUCUUUUCAGAGCUCAGAACAGGUUAAGUUCGAUGCAGGAGUCUCCCGGGCAUCUGGAGUCCGGUUACUCGACACAAGAUGGGAGCAGGGCCGCAAGCACUCACGAAGGACUGGAAGGCCAAUCUAUGAUUUCCAUCAGAAGGCUCAAAAGGGCAAGAAGAGACGAUGCUCAGGGCAGCGAAGAGGUAAUGACUGACCGUGCUCCAGAUUGCUCGCCUGUUGCUUUUGUAUCCGCUUGCAACAUAGUCGCUUGGAACGGUGACCAUGGCGAUGAAGCCGCGGGCUCAGAGGAGGUUCUGGCGCUCUUAGACACUGUGAUAUGGGACGAAUUCCUUGGGUCGCCCUCUCUACGCAGAGCAUAUUCAUCACAGGGCAAGGAAUAUGGGUAG